AUGGCGACGACGACGACGCAGGUUGGCGUUAUCGGCGGCGUUCUCAAAGCCGAUUUGGGGAAUGAUCGAAGGUCCUAUCUCACGAUGGCCGAGUUUCCAAUCGUCACCGACAAGCCGAUCUCAGUGGUCCCAUUCAAAUUCGGACGCAAUCUGCAACUUGUCAAAGCUUGCCAUCGACUUUCCGGCCACGCCUACGCUGUGCCAUACGAACAACUACCAUGCGAUUCAUGCACCUACGACGAGGAGACCGAGGUCCUUCUCGUCCAUAUCAACGACAAUCUGACGACACUUCGACGAAUCGCCGUCUUCCUUUGCGUUCAGGCCGACAUGGCCGAUCAAGAGCCGCAAUCGGCCGCCUAUUACGACGCCAACGGUCAGCCGGUGUUUCAAUGUCGCGAGCAUCUCGCCCAUCGCGUUUUUCCGCACUUGAACGAAAUCACCGACGAGUUUGGUGUGAAGCAUUUGGUGACGCAUGGCGACGUCAAAACCAAAUUGGACUUGGAGUUGCCGUCGCAUUUGAGGCAAUUCCUCCGAAUCGAAACCCAGCCCUAA